AUGCGCAGCCAGUAUCUCAUCUCUCUUCUACUCGUCAGUCUUACGGUUCAAGACGUACUCUCGACACACGAACAUAGGUCCAAGCACGAGGAACCAGAGUCAAUGCCGAACUCUAUUGCUCCGUGGAGAGUUCACGGCAGUCGCCUUCAUCGUGCAACGAAGCGUAAGAUUACAGCGAGCAAAGAACGUAUGCGGACGUUGAAAGGUGCAGUAACGAAGCUCAUCAAUGUCAUGCGUCUUGCGCCGGUAAAAUUCGAGGAAAUAAUAAGGGAUAUUAGGAUCGCUAAUGCCAUUGGGGUGAUAAAAAGAGCAGGGGUCAACCAAGCACUUAUGUUGGGAUAUCAUCCUCUCCAAGUGAUGACCUUGCUGAAGAGCAGCCCGGAUCUCGCAGCCGAAAUGUCGACAGUUUCUCUUGUGCACUGGAAAAGAAAUCCAAAAUUAACGCAACUCGUUGAAUUUAUAGAGGAACACGAUAAGUGGUUGUCGAUGUUAUGA